GRUSAUGGUAAAUUAAUGUAGUCUAAAGGGAGUAUUGGAACUAACAACAAGAGAUAUUUCAAUAUCAGAUCUCUUAUUCUAAUUUAAUACUACGUUAUAUUUUCAAUUUAUAAUUGACCGUUGAUUUUUAUGUGAUCAUAUCGACGUUGAAGCAUGGAAAGUGUCAAAAUAAUGGAAUUAUUAUUACCAUAUACAAAUUAUUUAUUGCCCAUUAUCGCAAUCAUUUAUGCGAUAAAAAAAAGCUUUAACCAAAUUUUUAAGAGAGAUAUCAAUACUGCAGGACAGAAAAAUUCUAUUUUGUACAGUAAAGAAGAUGCAGAGAAAUUAAAAGAACUAGCGCAAUUAAAAAAACAUCUGAAGCCAGAAUAUUAUUUUAGAGACGAUUUUUAUAAAUUACUUCCUGAAUUCGAACAAAAUUUUCCAAAUGAGUUUGAACAAUUUGGCCAAUAUGUAUCAUUAGAAUUAAAAUGCUUAAAAUUCGAAGAAAAUAAAGAAAAAUUAAAGAACGAAAUAAGAAAAAUAAUAGUACGGAUUGCAGAAGAAGACACUAAUAGUUUAUUAAAAGAUACUUCUGCCACCGCACAAGCUCAAAAUCAUGUUGUUAAGUAAUAACUUGAUUAAGUGAAUUAAAAUUUAAACGAAAAUUAAAAAACAGUAGAAUAUUCAUAAAAGUAUACUCGAAAAUAAAAUAUUAAACUUGAAAAUGUGCCCUUUUACACAAAUAUAUGAUACUAAUGCUAAAUAACAAUAAAUUAUAAUAAAUUUAAUGAAUAUUUUUGUAGUUAUAAUCUUUGAUAUUGUUUAGACCAAUAACAAAUUUUAUGCGAUUAAUUGUUUAAUUAUCAUAUAUUAAAAAUUAUUCGUAAAAAUAUUGAGUUGAUCGAAGAGUUCGUUGCAAUUUACAUAUAUAUUAGUUCGAUGUAUAUCUUUAUAUCUUACUUUUAUUUUUGAAAUGAAAAAUAUAUAAAUAACAUAUUUUUAAGGAAAAA